AUGGCCCCUCGGCAUGAGCAGCCUCCCUUACCCUUACAGCGUCCGCCACCGAACCCUCGCCUGCUCUCUGUUCAGUCUAUCGCCUCCAAGUAUUCCAUCCGCUCCCACUCAUCGUCGUUCGAGGCCGACGAUGAGCGUUCUACCACCACUUCAGAGUCUUUUAGGAUGAGUCCGCGCGCCAGCAUCGACGCUGGCGACAUGCCACCAUCCAAUCCCCGGUAUCCUGGUGAGGACACCCGUCCUACCAGCACCAAGGAGCUGGCUGGUUGGUAUAUGUAUUCCUUUGCUGCCGAGACAUAUGUCAUCUGUGCUAUCUCCUCCUUCAUCCCCAUACUUUUAGAGAGUCUAGCAAGGGAAAAUGGUGUUCUUCUCUCGGACCGUACGACGCCAUGCGGCGACAGUGCUAGGAAACAUCACGGCUCUCACGAGGAUAGUCAGUGCAUUGUGUCCCUUUUGGGAGUCGAUAUUAAUACUGCGAGUUUUGCCAUGUACACUUUCAGCAUAAGUGUGCUCUUACAAGCGUUCCUCGUAGUCAGCAUUAGCUGCGCCGCUGAUCAUGGGAACUACCGGAAACGCCUGUUGCUUAUAUUUGCUUGGACUGGUAGCGUCUGUGUCAUGUGCUACAUUUUUAUAUUCAAGGAAAUAUACCUGCUAGGCGCCGUGCUAGCCAUAAUAUCCAAUACCUCGUUUGGAGCGUCUUUUGUCUUGCUUAACUCGUUCCUGCCGCUUCUUGUUCGACACCACCCCCUAGUCCAGGAAUCAGCCGCGGGAUUUCCGGUCGAGGAUGAAGUCGAGGAGCCAGUGCCCGAUUCGCAGUCCCUCGCGACUUCGCCUACCCUCACAGAACAUCCGCUCGCCAACUCAACAACCGCUCUACUCCGACCAGGCGAUACUGACUCGGAAUACUAUAAUCUACGACGUGUCCCAACUCACGAAGAACUCACUUCUAUUGAGCUCAAGUUGUCAACCGAGAUAUCGGCAAAGGGUCUCGGCAUCGGCUAUGGUGCGGCGCUAUUUGUGCAAUGUGUCUCUAUCAUGAUGCUUGUUGCCCUGGGGAGUUCAACCUGGUCGCAGCGAAUCGUCUUGCUAUUCAUCGGAUCGUGGUGGGCGGUUUUCACAAUUCCCGCAGCCAUGUGGUUGAGACCGCGUCCCGGUCCUCCUCUAGCGAUAAAUAGUCGUCAGGGCGUAAAGGCGUGGCUGUCUUACAUCGCGUUCUCCUGGAAGAAUCUAUUCCGCACGGUCAAACUGGCUCGACGUCUCUUGGAUAUUGUUCUGUUCUUGGCUAGUUGGUUCCUGAUUUCUGAUGCGAUCGCAACAACAUCGUCAACAGCCAUUCUCUUCGCCAAGACGUCGCUCGGCAUGAAACCUUGGGCAUUGGGUUUAAUCAACGUCAUUUCUACUUCGACAGGCGUUAUUGGAGCCUUGAGCUGGUCUUUCGUCUCUUCACAUUUCAACCUCAAACCUCAUCAGACCAUCCUUAGCUGCAUUGCUCUUUUCGAAGUGAUUCCUAUAUACGGAUUACUAGGCUAUUUACCAGCUGUUCAAAGAUGGGGGGUGUUCGGCCUUCAACAGCCAUGGGAAAUGUACCCUUUGGCUGCCGUUUACGGCCUUGUGUUAGGAGGCCUGAGCUCCUACUGUCGAUCACUGUUUGGCGAACUCAUUCCUCCAGGAUCAGAGGCGGCUUUUUAUGCGUUGUACGCCAUCACGGACAAGGGGUCUAGCAUUUUCGGGCCUGUUAUCGUCGGCGCCAUCAUUGACGCCUACGGGGAGAUCCGGCCAGCGUUUUGGUUCUUAGCACUGCUUGUCGGCUUUCCUGCGCCGAUCAUCUACUUUAUCAAUGUGGAGCGCGGUAAAGCUGAAGGUGAGAAGCUCGCAGAGGUUAUUGAAGGAUUCAAGAAUGACGAGGGCAUUCGUGACGAUAACCAUGGAAACGGGGAUGAACGUCAGGGCAUGCUAGCAGGUUAUCAAGGAAACGAUGAGGGAAGAUUCCCCUAA